AUGGCUAAAACACCGGUCGACGCCCUUCACCGUCAGCAGAUGCAAUCGCUGUUGGAAAGUGGCGAGCUCAGUGAUGUCACCCUGGUGGUCGUCGAAGGCUCACCGGAGCAGAAAAAGGAGUUCAAAGUCCAUCGAAGUUUGCUCUCAGCCUUCUCGCCCGUCUUUUCUGCGAUGUUCAGUCACCCUGACACGAAGGAGGCGCUGGAGAAGCGAGUGAUCAUUGAGGACGUGUCCGCCAAUGCGAUGCAACAUCUGCUCGCUUUCAUCUACACUGGCGAGCUGAAGUUUGACGAGAAAGAAAAAGAAAAGUCUCUGCUUGAGUUUUUGGUUGCCAUCGAUAAGUAUCAAGUUCAUGUGAUCAAGAAUGAAUGUGAGAGUCGCCUUUUUGGUUUGGUGACCAUCGACUCGGUGUGCGCCAUUCUUCAGACUGCCGAUCUGCACAGUGCACCCACCCUAAAGGAGCGAUGCUUCGACUUUAUUGCCAAAAACUCCGAUCAGGUCGUGUCCUGCAACAGUGAAUCGGCCUGGGCGCAGUUUGAGGCGGCCGCCCGUCCUGAGCUGCUCAAGGACAUCUUCUACCGAAUGGCUGCCAAAGUGAAAAAAGAGUCCAAACGGUGCAAUCAUUGCAAAAAUAAGCUUACAUUUUAUUGCUCAUAUUGCUGA